AUGCGAAUACCUGAGUGUGUCCCCAGUGAGCUACCGAAUGGGGUCGAUAUUUUAUUCGAGUUGGCAAAACGGAGAGAUGAACGGGUUUACAACAUCUUGGAACAAGACCAACGUCUACUAAACUGUCGUGACGGAAAUGGAAACAGCCUACUUCACUGGUCCGUCUUCCUAAAUGACGCGUACCUGACGUGUUACUUGCUCCAACAGGGGGCGGACGUGAACGCCAAGGCACGCAACGGGCAGACGCCGCUAUUCUGGGCAGUCUCCGGAAGCAACCUUCAUAUGAUUCAUCUCCUGAGGAAGCACGGGGGGGACAUAUUUCAUGCCGACGACAAGGGUUACAGUUGCUUAACCAUAAGUAUUCAAUAUGGGCACGUGUUAUGCUUCCUCUACUUAAUCCAUUUGGGGGCCCCACUGACCCAUAAAGACCUGAACAGCUGCUCCGUCGUUGACUGGGCAGCAUAUAACAACAAUAUAUUUUUCCUUCGUCUGCUAUCGAAAGUUUCUCCUAACUUAUUCUCAAUCAAUUUGAAGAAUCCCGCGUCCACUUUGCACAAGGCCAUCAUUGGGAAUGCCUACGACGCGGUGGUCUUCCUUGUGCUUCACGGUCACCAGAAUGUGUACGACAUCGCCACGGAGGAAAAUAAAACGGCUGCCCAGUUUGUCGAAGGACAUAAAGAUAAGGUGGACAGAAGAAUUUACCAUUUUGUCACUUGCAGGAAGGUGCAGCAGUUGUGCAAAAGGCGAGGCGGGAAAGAGGACCCGACUUUGUAUGAGCCCAGUGGGACGAUCGGUCCCUACGUGAUUUCAAGAAGGAAAAAGUUGUCCACCCUGCGCAAGAUCCGCCAUGUGUUUACCCAGGACAAGACCCUGCUGCUCUACCCCGCCACGAUCAUCUUCUCGCAUCUGUAUAUGUGCUGCAUACACUUCUUUUAUACGAGGGGGAUGUCUUCCCUGGGGGGGAGCCCUCUGUGGGACGCCGCGCACCCAGUGCUAUUCGUGCUUUACUACCUCGUCGUGUCAAGCGACCCUGGUUAUUUAGAAGACGAGGGAAGUACGCCAUGCGAUAUGGAAUGGGAUAAAAAGGACCCAUCGGAUCCCCCCGACGUGGAUACGACAAGCAGCACAAAUUUAACUUUUCGAAAAAUUAUACAAAAUGUGAAAGAGGAAAUAAAAUGGUAUGAGGAAAAAAAUAAAUUAAUUUCAUUUUGUGAAAGAGUAAAAUGGGAGAACAUCAGGCAAGUAAAGAAUAGUUUGCAGAUAAAUUUAAAUGCACAAGGAUUUGAAGUAACCUCAUUUGACAUGAACAAGUUAUGUGCUAGUUGCUUUCUCUUUAAGAAUUUACGAACGAAGCAUUGUCGUUUCUGUGGCAAGUGUGUUGACAUAUAUGACCACCACUGUUUAUUUACACUAAACUGUAUGAGUGUAGACAAUGCAAAAGCUUUCUUAAUAUGGAUCGUGUCAAAUAUUUUUUUUCAUUUGUGGAACAUAUACAUACACAUGUGUGUAUUUAUGAGGCUGUGGGUUUCAUCGUCUCCACUUGUCUUCAGAGGAGUAUCCCUGUCGAUCAUUGUGAUCAGUCUGUUGCACUUGUAUUUCAUGGGGGUCAUGUUGCUCAGGUCGGCGAUGAAUAUAUUGGAGAAUAUCACAUCUAAUGAGAAAUUUAAAAUGUAUUCUUCUAACACCUUUUUUGUGUAUGAGUUGAAGAAAGACAAGAAUAAUGAACCCGUUGUAAUACGAAGAUUCAAAAACCCGUUUGACAAAGGGGCGCUUUUUAAUUUGAUUAACUUUUUCACAAAGUCCAAGGACCAUUUGUCUACCCCGGAGAGGCAAUUCAUUCGCGUGGACGACAGCGUGGAGAGCGUUUCUGUGAGGGCCUUCGUGGAGAAACUGAAUGGGGAGCUGCGUCGGGUUUAUUCGAAGCGGUGA